AUGGAUCAGGAGUACGAUGAGUUUGGAAAUUUGAUCGGCGACCCCUUCGACUCCGAUGCCGAGUCCUCUAGCAAUUCCAUGCUAAGCGAUGCCGAGGCCCUGGACGACCAGCAGAGUCUCCACGAACAGAACGAAUCGACAUCACAGGCACUUAUCAAGCACGACAACAACGCACACCAACCAGAAAUAACAUACGUAGCGCCCCAGAUCACCAACGAGGCCAUCAUCACACCCGCCGAUGAUACGCACAUCAAAAUCGAGAUAGACCACUCGAAGUUGCCUCCUCUCAAAUACGACUAUCAAUACGUCAAUUCCUUGGCCAACCAGUUGCCUGAAAGAAUAAGAAACAUCAGUGUGGUGGGAGGUUUGCACUCGGGAAAAACUUCGUUCUUGGAUCACCUCAUCUAUGAUACAUAUACCUCGGUGCCACGAAAAUCCGAUGAUAAACCGACAAGAUUGUUGGAUAACCAUAGACUCGAGAUAGAUAGAGGUAUUUCCAUCAAAAACUCACCCAUGACUCUCCUCCUCCCAGACUUGAGCCAAAAAUCUUACAUUUUCAACCUAAUGGAUACACCGGGCCAUUUUAAUUUCCUCAACGAGUCCAACACCUCCCUCAAUCAUGUGGAAGGGGCAGUUCUAGUGGUUGACAUCGUAGAGGGAUUCACCCCAAGAGACAAGCAGAUAGUUUCCCGGAUUUUGCUCAACAAUAAACCCAUCGUUCUUGUGAUCAACAAGAUCGACAGAUUAAUAUUAGAGUUGAACUUACCGGUUAAUGAAUCAUACCUCAAGAUAAACGUCACUAUUGAUGAAAUUAAUCAGUUCAUCAAGAACCACGAGUUCUUCUCACUGUAUAAAUACAACCACAAACCCUUGUUGCCCAAUUUGAAUAACGUCAUCUUCAGUUCGGCAUUGUUUGAGUUCCAUUUCAGUGUCUUGAGUUUUGCCCAAUUGUACAUAGAUGCAAACCAAUUCGAGAUAGACCCUCGUGUGUUUGCGAAAAGAUUAUGGACCGAUCAUUACGAUAAAGCAAACAGCACCUUCACAAAAACUGCCAAGUUUCCUACGGCCUUCGAGAGCUUCAUCUUGGAACCAAUCUACAAGAUAUUUACUCACACCUUAACUUCUAGUUUGAGUGACAAUAAGUUGGAGAAAAUUUUGUGGAGUAACUUUGGGGUAAAGCUAUCGAAACAGCAAUAUAGACAGGAUCACAGGAAGUUAUUGAAAGAUAUAUUCAAGGCUAUUUUUGGUGGCUACAAUGGAUUUGUGGAAGCGGUUAAAGAUAUCGAAGCCCCAGUUGAAGUCAAAGGACCACAUCCUUCAGUAUUUGCUAAAAUCAUUUCCUUGAUAGAAUCCCCAGACACAUUGAAGUUUUCUGCCUUAGUAAGAAUCUAUAAAGGUUCCCUAGAGCUUGGUCAAAAGGUUAAGGUGAUAGGCGACAAUUUUAGUGAAGAUGAUGAAAAUUUCAAGAUCGAGACAAUCGAUGGGUUAUUCAUUCCUGGAGGAAGAUACAGCAUUCCUAUUGCGAAAGCAAGUGCGGGAUCUGUGGUAAUUGUUGAUGGAAUCGACUCUAUCAUCUCCAAAAAGAGUACUACAUCCUCGAUAACGCAGCAGCUAAUCAACAACGACAAAUUACACGAUAAAUCGGUGUUCAAAGUUGCGAUUCAGCCAGAAAACCCGUCCGAAUUACCAAAAUUGCUUCAGGGAAUUAGAAAUGUGAACAAAUCCUACAUUUCAUGUAAUAUUAAUGUGGAGGAAAGUGGUGAAAUUGUAUUAUAUGGUCCGGGAGAGUUGUACUUGGAUUGCAUUUUGCACGAUCUUAGAUUCUACUUCACCAAAGACCUAGAAAUCAAGGUAAGUGAUCCAAUGACAAGGUUUAGUGAAACCAUUAUAGAGACUUCAGCAGCCAAAAUUCCUGUUUCAACCAAAUCUGGACAUAACCAAGUAUCGAUCACGGCCGAGCCGGUUCAAGAUUCCAAGCUCAGCAAGUUUAUUGAAGCAGGAAAGCUUGAUUUAAGUCAGCCAAUAAGAACCACCUCCAAGAUCAUGCGAAACGACUUCGGGUGGGAUGCGUUGGCAGCAAGAUCCAUCUGGAGCUUUGGCCCAGAAGACAUGCAAUUUCCAAACAUAUUGAUGGACGAUACUCUCGAAUCAGAGACGAACAAAGAGCUUAUUUACUCUGUUAAAGACUCUAUUUCAUUGGGGUUCAAAUGGAGUGUAAAUGAAGGGCCUCUAUGCAAUGAGCCUAUCAGAGGUACCAAGUUCAAAAUCCUUGAUGCUGUGCUAAGUGGAUCUGAGAUUCAAAGAUCUAGUGCUCAGAUCAUUCCAAUGACUAGACGAGCAUGCUACACAGGUUUCUUGACUGCUACUCCCAGGUUGAUGGAACCCAUAUACACUGUUUAUUUGACGUGUACAGAAGCAUGUAUCAGGAUAGUCUCCAAAAUUUUGCUGGGUAGAAGAGGUUACAUUCUGAACAGAAAACCAAUCCCAGCCACCAAGCUUUUUGAGGUUGAAGGUAUGGUUCCAGUCAUCGAAUCUGUGGGUUUAGAAACGGAUAUCAGACUUCAUACUCAAGGUCAAGCCAUGUGCAUGUUCGAUUUCAACAAGUGGGAAAUUGUUCCUGGAGAUCCUUUGGAUCAGGAUUGCUUCUUGCCUACCUUGAAGCCAGUCCCCGAGGAAUCCUUGGCCAGAGACUUUGUAACUAAGACCAGAAAGAGAAAGGGUUUGACGGGAGAGAUUACCUUGGAAAAGUACAUUGACCAAGAGUUGUAUGCGAGGUUGAAAGAGAGUGGUGUUGUGGUGUAA